UGCAUCAUGAAUACUCUUUCCCUCCAUUUACUCAUACCGAACCCUAUCCUCCUCAAAUCCCCACGCGCCGCCUCACAAUUCAUUUCACGCGCCACCGUACCUUCAUCUCUCCGCUUCGUCUCUACGUUAAAUCCACGCGCCGCUUCUUCCGACGAGUCACAGUCAAUCGAAACCCAAACUCUCGACGUCCUCGAAUGGCGAGCUCUCUGCAAUCAGCUCUCUCCCUUCGCCUCCACAUCCAUGGGUCUCUCCGCCACCAAAAACGCGGAGAUUCCGGUGGGAAAUUCGCCGGAAGAGAGUAGGAAUCUCCUUGACGAGACGGCUGCUGCGUUGGCGGCUAUGGAGAUGAUGGAAUCGCGGCGAUUAGGUCUUACUGAGAUCCAGGACUUGUCUGGUAUCGUCGAGCGUGCUGUGGCGGGUCAAUUGCUUACUGUUAGAGAGCUUUGCACUGUUCGCAGCACUUUAAUGGCGGCUACAUCAACGUUUCAGAAACUUCGAGAAGCAGCCAAUAGUGAUAAUCGGGUUACUCCUCUUGUAGAAAUACUUCAGGCUUGUGAUUUCAAGGAUACAUUGAAGCAGAAGAUUGGUUUUUGUAUAGACUGCAACAUGUCUAUGGUUCUUGACAGAGCUAGUGAAGAUUUGGAGAUUAUAAGAUCUGAAAGGAGGAGGAACAUGGAGAAUUUGGAUUCUCUGCUGAAGGAAGUAUCAACUAUGAUUUUUCAGGCUGGUGGGAUUGACAAGCCUUUGAUAACGCAGCGCAGAUCAAGGAUGUGCGUAGCUAUUAGAGCUACGCGCAAAAGUUUACUUCCAGGUGGUGUUGUUUUAAGUGUUAGUAGCUCAAGGGCAACAUGCUUUAUUGAACCAAAAGAAGCAGUUGAGCUUAAUAACAUGGAAGUGAGGUAUGCGAACGCCGAGAAAGCUGAGGAAAUGGCAAUUUUGAGCAUUUUAACAUCUGAAGUGUCUAAUGCGCAGAGUGAUAUAUUGCAUUUGUUGGAUAGAAUACUAGAACUUGACAUUGCGUUUGCAAGAGCAUCACAUGCAAAAUGGAUGAAUGGUGUAUAUCCCAACCUAACUUCAGAACACAGUAAAACACUGGACUCAGAUGGAGACCAUAAAUCUUUAGCUGUAGACAUUGAAUCUGCACAGCACCCGCUACUUCUUGGUUCAGUAUUAGGCAGCCCAAAUGAUGGAAACAUUUUCCCUGUGCCAGUAGACAUUAAAGUUGAAAGCAGUGCCAAAGUAGUCGUCAUCUCGGGUCCAAACACAGGAGGAAAGACUGCGUUAUUAAAGACAUUGGGAUUAAUAUCUCUUAUGUCGAAGUCGGGGAUGUAUCUGCCUGCUAAGAAUUGCCCUAGGUUACCUUGGUUUGAUCUUAUUCUGGCUGACAUCGGGGAUCCCCAGUCUUUGGAGCAGAGUCUCUCAACCUUCAGCGGCCACAUCUCACGAAUACGUCUGAUACUUGAAAUUAUUUCAGAAAAUUCGCUUGUCCUACUAGACGAAAUCUGUAGUGGAACUGAUCCUUCAGAAGGGGUUGCACUUGCUACCAGUAUCCUACGGUAUAUGAAAGAUCGUGUAAAUGUGGCUGUUGUGUCCACACAUUACGAGGACUUAAGUCGCUUGAAGGAUAACGACUCUCAAUUCCAAAAUGCUGCUAUGGAGUUCUCCAUGGAAACUUUUCAGCCUACAUUCCGAGUACUCUGGGGAAGUACCGGUUUAUCAAAUGCAUUGAGAGUAGCUAAGUCCAUUGGAUUUAAUAGAAGAAUUUUAGAGAAUGCACAUAAAUGGACAGAGAAAUUAGAUCCAAAGCAGGAAGUAGAACGGAAAGGCUCACUCUUUCAGUCCCUUGUGGAAGAAAGGAAUAAGCUAAAGCUUCAGAUAACCAAGACUGCAGCAUUUCACAGAGACUUGAUGAACCUUUACCGUGAGCUUGAGCAUGAGUCGAAUGAUCUUGAAAAACGUGAGAGGGCUCUUCUGAAGAAAGAAACCCAAAAGGUACAAGAAGAUCUAACCUCUGCUAAACUAAAGAUGCAGAAAUUGGUGUCUGAAUUUGAAAGUCAACUAGAAAUCGCUCAAGCUGAUCAAUACAAUUCCUUAAUUCUGAAAACCGAAGAGGCAGUUGCAGACAUUAUUGAAGCUUGCUGUCCUAAUGAUCUUGUAACUACGGAAGAAGCGUACAGUGACUACUCACCUCAAGCAGGUGAAAAAGUUCUUGUAACUGGACUUGGAGAUAAGUUAGGUACUGUGGUUGAAGAACCUGGAGAUGAUGAGACAGUGUUAGUCCAGCAUGGUAAGAUAAGAGUACGUAUAAAGAAAAAGGACAUAAAACCCCUUCCGCGUACCACAAGCAGCCAAACAUCCAAUCGUUCUCUACGUUCUAAGAGACAGAUAAACAUGAAAGAACUAGGAAGUGUGUUGCAGAUGCAGAGUGAACCAGUGCGGAUUCAAACAUCAAAGAACACAUUGGAUCUAAGAGGAAUGCGGGCGGAAGAAGCGGUUCACCAGCUAGACAUGGCCAUCUCGGGAAGAGACUCGGGAUCCAUCCUCUUUAUCAUUCAUGGAAUGGGGACAGGUGUUAUAAAGGAGCUGGUGCUUGAGAGGUUAAGAAAGCACACUCGUGUCUCAAGGUAUGAACAGGCAAAUCCUAUGAACCACGGAUGUACAGUUGCUUACAUUAAAUAAUCUCUCUCAAACACAUUCUUUGUAAAUCUUCUUCAAAAGUUAAUGUCUUCGAAAGCAAUGUCCACAAACUAGUUUCGUUUGUGAUGAAUCAACGUUCAAAUGUACAAGAAUUCGUGUAAAGUAUAGAUAUUGAUAUUGUAAAUAUAGUAA